GCCCUUAAACUCGGAUUAACUCGAGUUGUGGAACCGGGCCUCACUGUCCUACUCUUUCGUCCCGUAGUGGGGACACUGAUGGGAUGAGUGAAAACGAAACAAGCAUGCGUGUAGGAGAUGAGGGGAAAGCAGCGUGCACCAGCAUGAGCGGCAUGUAGUCUCUUUAAUUUCGUUUCGUUUUACAUAUUAAACAUAAAAAUACAAAUAAAAAUAUGGUACGUUCCUGCUGCAUUUGUCGCAAGCUGUACGGGACAGAAGGUAUUACUUUCCACAGUAUACCUACACAACAAGAUUUGAAAUUAAAAUGGAUCGAUGCCAUCGGAAAAGAAGUCUCCAAAUAUGCUUGUGUAUGCAAUCAACAUUUUAAGGAUAAUGAUAUAAUGUUUACCGGUAUAAAAAAAGGAACUAUACGAAGACGCUUACACUUUAAAGCUGUCCCCACUUUGCAUCUAACGAAAGAAAAGGAGAUUGAAUAUGAUAAAACAAACAUAGAUUUUGUGAAACAAGCUUGUGUAGAUGAAACGAAUCAACAUCAAAAUUUUAUUAAUCCUAAUCGUACAAGUGAAUUACAAGAUAUUGAAAAUACAGCUGAAAAUGUUAAUACAGAUAAGAGAAGAGAUGCUGAAAAUAAGGAAGAACGCAAACGCUGUCAUGUUACGAGAUACGUUGGAGACUUUAAUUGUGAAGAUUUUACAUCUGAUCGUAAUUGGAAAAUAUUUCGCAAAUAUUACAAAAAUACAUCAAAAAAAUUAAACAUUCUUCAAGGAAUAAUUAGACGUAGAGAUAAGAAAAUAAAAGAGUUAGAAGCUUUAAUGGAUUAUUUGAAAAGAAGGCUUCGUAGAUAGACUAGUCAUAAAGUUUUUAACUGUACAUAGAUCUUUAUGUUGCCUAAGUACACGUUCAGCAACUUUACAAAUUAUAAUAACGUGUGGACUAGGAAGUAAUAAUCUUCCUUUAUUUUUUAUUUUUAAUAAUA